CAAUGUAAUUUUCAUCGGGUGAUGUCAACUGUUUCCGUUUCUGCCAAAAUAAAAUAAAAAAAAAACUUUUUUUUUAAUAAAAUCUAGUGAAAGAAAAUCCAAGUUUUUUAAUCGUAAUUUUUAAAAUGAAAUAAAAUAUCAAGUGGCCAAAAGUGUGAAUCAAUAUGUUAUUGUUAAUGUUAAUAAAAUUAAAUAAGAUAAGAAAAUCUGUUCCAUCAUUCAAUCUCAGACCAUCCAGUCAUAUGAUACACCUUUUUCCUUAGACAUUGUUUACAAUUGUAAAAUUUCGAAAGUCAUACAUCGGUUGGAAUCAAUAAAAAUAAAAUCAAUCCAGUAAUAGUGGGUGAAACGAAAAAGAAAAACAGAAAAGUCGGUUUAUUGUUUUGUAGUAAAAAUAACUUUUGCUGUUAAAAUUGAAUGAUUGUUCACCGAAAAAUGACUACACAUUCCAAAACACCGAAACAAAAUAAUAAAUAAAUGUGGGGCCUACGACGUCUUGUUUAUGAUCAAAAUAAUAUCGAUUUUUCUCUUUAGUGAUAGAGGAGGUUGUGUGUGCGAGCAUUUAAUUUUUUGGAAAUUUCUUUUUGGAGUUUCUCUAACAAUUUUUUAAUUACUUUCUUUGUACACCGUGUACCAAUAAUAACAAAUCGAUAAUACAGGACAGAGAAAAUCUAAAUAUUUAAUGCAAACAAUUACGACAAUAAGUACAUAAUAUACCUACAGGAAAAUAAGUUUUCAUAUCAAUUUUAAAUUUUCAAUUUUAUUCGAUUAAAGUGGUGUGUGACACAGUGACACGUUUUGUGAUACUGUACAAACCAUCGUAUCGUUCAAUUUGGAGUGUACAGUGGGAUAUAUCGGAAACGUUUUACUCGUUAUACUGUUUGUGUUCACAACAUAAGUUUAAAAAAAUCAAAAAUUCAACGAUUUUUAUAAAUAAGAAGUUUAAAACAAAAACUCAACCAGACUGUUUAUCACAGAUAUCAUUACCAGCAGGAAGUUCCUAAAAAACAAUUUUUAAGAUAGGCUAAAGCAUCUUGAUUUAAGAAAACGAGCCACUUGUUUAUUACUUUGUAUAACUCACCUAAACUUCUACGUUGUGAUAUGGCUCAAAUCCGACGUUUAACAGAUACCAUGAAAAUUGUCAAAAAAGAAGUAGCUGCUGUGGAAACGUCCCCACUGAAGAAGGUUAUGUUGGCAGACAAGAAAGAGGAACUAGUUGCCUCCUCACCAAGUGAACGAAAUUGGAGAGGAAUUUUCAUUGCUUUACUUGUUAUAGCUGCUGUUUUAGGACUAAUUGUAUUUUCGAUAUUUUUACUCUCGCCAGAAGAUGAAGGUGCGCGAGUUAAAGGAAGACGACUUACUCUAUCCGAUAUCAAUGGAAAUGGAUUACGUUGGAAACCGUUCAAUGGAUCGUGGAUAAAUGAUGGUGAACUUGUAUACAGGGAUCCAUACGGUGGAUUAUCCAUAUUGGUAAUAGAUACAUCAACGGUGAAAGUUCUUAUGACAAAUACAACAUUUAGACAAUUGAAUGCAGAAAAGUUCAUAGUGUCGCCAGACGUGAAAUAUGUACUAUUGCUAGCUGAUUGUACUCUCUCCUCUUCUAGGUACUACGUUUAUGAGGUUCAGAGUCAAAAUAUUUUCCCAUUGUCGCCAAAAGAUAGUAGUCGCGAAGCCCCAUUACUUCAGCAUGUAGUGUGGGCGCCAGUUCCUACCACAAAAUCAAACCUUCCUGGAGCCUAUGUAUCUAAUGCCAAGUCUGGAUCACAAGCCAUUGCUUUUGUAUUUGAAAAUGAUCUGUACUACAAGCCUAAGGUGCAGAACGAUUUAGUCUGUCGGAUAACCACAACAGGAAACGAAGGAGUCAUAUACAAUGGAAUACCGGAUUGGCUGUAUUCGAAUGUUCCAGAGUUAAAAACCGACACCGUAGCAUUCUCCACCGAUGCAACUUACUUAUCCUAUCUAUCAUUCAACGAUAGCCUCGUCAGCAAAUACGAAUAUUCAUGGCUGGACAAUUCAAAAUAUCCGAAAAUCAAGUCAAUUCGUUAUCCGAAAGAGGGGACCAACAAUCCGAAUGUAACGGUUUUCGUCGUCGAUUUGUCCGUGCUGAAGUUCAUCAACAAAAUAGCGAUAUUGCCGCCGGCCAAUUUGAACGGUAAUAACAGCUACGUGGGAAAUAUGAUUUGGUUGUCGCCGAUAGAUUUGUCAAUAACAUUUACUAACAGAGAACAGACCAGUGCCUUGACUGUUGUAUGUCGAGCACCAACAUUUAACUGUACUGAGAUUCACAUCGAAAAUAUCGUUGAUGGCGGAUGGAUUUUUCCGGCAGAGAAACCAAUUUUCUCCAAAACUGAAACAACUUAUCGAAAUAGUGGCAUGACCACAUCAUCAUCAUCGAACGCAACAACAACUCCAGAUCCGAACGCUUUGAACAACCCGAACAACCGCACUGACUUCCAAAUCGGUGGAUUUAUGUUAAAGCGAUUGCCCGUUCGAGAUGGUGAGCACGGCUAUUAUCGGCACGUAGUGCUUAUUUCGAUGUCCGACAUGAAAAGCGUACCGCUAACGAUGGGCCAGUGGGAAGUAACCGAAAUCGUCGGUUGGGACGAGAUCAACGAGAAUGUCUAUUUUAUGGCCACACCGAAACUGAAACCGGGACAACGUCAUUUGUACAGAAUCAGCCUAACAUUGAACGUGACAAAGAAACCGAAUCGCAUUUUCGUUUCAUCCACUCUGCCGAUGUGCAUGACCUGUGAAAAUGGCCCGCAUACGUUCAAACUGUUGUCCAAUUCGUCCGGUGGAAAUGCAUCCGAGAAUUUCGAUUCAACUAUCGGCCACAUACCGAACAAUUGUUUGUUCAAUCGAUGCUAUUUUAGCAAAGAUUAUUCGUACUACGUACAGGAGUGUCUGGGACCGGAAACACCGUCCAUUUAUUUGGUGGAAACGAGUACGAUGACCAAAAUCGUUGUGCUACACAGUGGCGAUGCGUUGCGCAAUCGUUUAUCGCAAUUGGCUAUACCGCAGAUACGAACUGUGUCUGUGGAAAUUCGCUAUGGUUUUCAUGCAAAAGUUCGCCUAUUUCUUCCGCCCGGUAUGAAAGAGGAGGAGGAAGUAGCAUUUCCGCUCAUCGUUCACAUGGACACAUCACCCGGGUCUCAGCUUGUUUCCGAAAAAUACGAAAUCGAUUGGAACUGGUACCUGUGCAGCCAAAAAUCAAUGAUUAUCGCUCAGAUCGAUGCGCGUGGCAGUGGAUUCCAAGGCGAACUGUUGCGUUCGCAGGUGAAAAGCAAAUUGGGAACGGUCGAAAUCGAAGAUCAAUUGGGUGUGUUAACGUACCUGCGUGACAAUUUGAAAUUCGUUGAUCCGACGCGAAUUUGUGCGUACGGUUGGGGUUAUGGAGGCUAUGCAGCUGCGAUGACUUUGGCUGAAGACUCACAACGAGUGCUGCAAUGUGCCCUAGCUAUCAAUCCUAUUGUCUCUUUUGCGCAUCACAAUUCUUUCUUCACCGAACGGUAUAUGCCACGGAACGAUGACUACCUGCGAGCCAUACAGGAGUCCGAUCUGACGAUGAAAGCGGGAAAUAUUGACUCCAGAAAUUUCUUUAUCGUCCAUGGAACGGCCGAUCCGAUCGUGCAUCAACAACAUUCGCUCUUGCUCGCGAGAGCGUUGAUCGAACAGGGCGUAGGAUUUCGACAUCAGAUCUACUCGGAUGAGGGUCACAAUUUGUCCGGCGUUCUAUAUCAUUUGUUCAAAACCAUCGAGUGGUUCUUUGACGAGUCUUUCGGUCCAGUAGAAAACGGUGAAUGGGAUCCAACGGGAUUCUUUGCUUUUAAACAGUAAACAAAAAAAAACAAAAAAAAAAACAUUUCAUUGUGCGCAGAUGUGCUAUUUUAAAUGUCUUUCCGGUUCAGACGGAUUCUUCGUUUUUAUCGAAUUUAUUUUUGGCGAUUAGGAUGAUCCUUUUUCUUUGUUUUCAAAUUGUUAUUAAAUUGUAUUAUUGUUAGCGAAAUUGAUGUGUUAAAAAAGUUUUUAAAGUCAGACUGAGUUUUAAAUGUGAUUUAUUAUGGAUGUUGAUUUAGAAUAUGGACAACAACAAACCGAUUAAAACAACAACAA